CACCAACGUUCACGUCAAUUCUUCAGUACAUCAUCUCCCUGAUCUUCCACACAAAUCCUCUUAGGAAUAUCGAGGACAACAUGGCUCUCAGGACUCUCGGCGCAAAGGCGGCCGCGGCCUUGGACAAGGACCUCAUGAGCACUGGUGCCUUCUCCAUCGAUCAGCUCAUGGAGCUUGCCGGGCUAUCCGUCUCACAAGCAAUUUAUCGCGUUCACCCUCCAUCUCGAGGAUUGAACAUUCUCGUUGCAUGCGGCCCCGGUAAUAAUGGUGGCGAUGGCCUCGUGGCUGCCCGACACCUCCGUCACUAUGGCUACAAGCCAACUAUCUACUAUCCCAAGCGGAGCAAGAAUGAUUUGUAUCAGCGGUUGGCGCAGCAGUUGGUGGAUUUGGAUGUUCCGUUUGUCGAUGAUUUCCACCUGGCGGUGAAGUCUACCGAUCAUAUCGUGGACGCCAUCUUCGGGUUUAGCUUUUCUGGAGAAGUCCGGGAGCCUUUUCCCGCGGUGAUCAAGGCGCUCGAAGAAACAAAGUUGCCGGUAACUUCGAUUGACGCCCCUUCAUCGUGGGAUAUCGAGAAUGGCCCGCCCUCGUCCGGCCCUGGAAGUUCGUUCCAACCUGAAGUCCUCGUCAGCCUGACAGCACCAAAGCCACUCGUGAAGCUUUUCAAGGGACGGCACUUCAUCGGCGGAAGCAGAUUCGUAUCGCCGGGUAUUGCUGAAAAAUACAAUUUGGAAAUUCCGCAGUACGAAGGCAUCGACCAGGUGGUCGAAGUUGAUAAUAACGGCCAGAAGCUGUAA